AUGUCAUCUGCAUCAUUAUUUGAACAAUUGAUCAGCACUGUAUCAUCGUCUAGGCUGGCAAAUAUUUCAAUAACUAUUCUAGCUCCGUUGUUAAUUUUUACAGUCGUUUUUCGAGUUUUCUUUUCAUCAUCGAAACCGAAAGGAUCGCCUUCCAAUCAAAACUUAAAUAAAAAUAAAAAAGCCAAAGAAUCUAACACAAUCAAGAAACAACAAGGUGAUGCAACAUCUAACAAUAAGAAAAACAAUAAUAAAAUAAAAACGAACUCACUUCCGGUUUCAUCGUUACCAAGUGUACAAACUGAAGAAAGUGAAAAUGAAAAGGCAGCGUUGAUUUUAUCAAUGAAAAAAUCAGCACUCUCUGUGAAAGCAUCAGCAGGUAAAAAAUCAGUUGUUGUCGAAGAAAAUAACAAGACUAAUUCUUCAAUAAAUGGCGUCAAACCAUCGCUAGCUAAACAACAACCACCUGUUCACGGUCAAAAUGUUGAAGGACAAAAUGGAGAUAAUAAAAGCAAACAAUCUAAAUCUAUUUCAACAACUACAUCGACCAAUGCUACCAUUACAUCUAACAAACAAAAAACAUCAGGAAAGCAUGAUAUUACCAAAAAUGUCAAUACUACUAAUGCAAAUAAAAACGAAUCUGCGCUUGUUAAUUCAGAAUCUAAACGUACACUGGUUGUCGAUGCCGACAAUGAUAAUAAUCAAGAAGAUGAUGGGCAAUGGCUGACACAAGGAAUUAAACAGGUUAAUCAUCGUAGUCGCAAUAAGGGUAAAACUGAAAUAUCUCACAGUGCGAACCAACAAUCAUCAAAUAAAAAUGUUGUAAUAGAACAACGAUUACCUGUAAAAUUAUUACAGAGCAAUAUUUCACUACCGAUAAAUAGUGAUGAAUUGAAUAUUGAAGCAAUAAUACCAUCGAAUAAUUCAAUAUCAUCUAUUGAAAAUCGAGAACCAAUUGAAAUCUAUCAAUUAUUACCAAAAAAUGAAAAUCUUUACGUAUCUACUGACAAUUGGUGGAAACAGGCUUUAAAUAAACAACAAACGUUCUCUAUCGAUGAUAUUGGAGAAUGGCCUGAACGUGAGCUAGAUGAACAAUAUAUUGUUCAAAUUAAAAAAAUUAUUCCUGGAAAAGAAUUAAAUGAAAAUCAAAAUUCUGAUGAAAUAUAA